AAAAAAUCAUAAUUAAAUAAAUAAAUAAUUAAUUUAAUUAUAUGUUAAAAUGUCUACUUGGGUAAAUGAACAUUGUGUUUCCUUUUUUCAACUAUUUUGUAUUCGUGUUGUGAAAACGGGACGUAUCCCACAACAUAUCGCUUUUAUUAUGGAUGGUAAUCGUCGAUACGCUAAAAAAUACAGUGUAAAAUGUGCAACAGGUCACUCCAAAGGCUUCGAUAAACUUUCAGAAACCCUAAGGUGGUGCCUGGAUCUGGGCGUUCCUGAAGUGACAGUGUACGCUUUUAGUAUAGAAAACUUCAAGAGGUCUGAAGAGGAGGUGAAUGACCUCAUGGAUUUAGCUAGAGACAAAUUUCAGAAGCUCUUGAAUGAAAUAGACCAAAUAAAUGAAUGGGGUGUUCGUCUUCACGUCGCUGGAAGGCUAUCAAUGCUUCCCAAAGACCUUCAAGCUAUGGUGGCCAAGGCGAUGCUUGUCACACGGCACAAUAAUAAGCUACGGCUUAACAUUGCUUAUGCUUACACAGGACGGGACGAAAUCAGUCGCGCAGCAUCGCAUAUAGUCGAUGGAGUGGCGAGCGACCAGCUGACGGCAGAUGACAUCGACGCUCACCUCGUCUCGCAGUCCUUGGAAUUGACGGAGCCCGAGCUGCUGGUCAGGACUUCUGGAGAAGUUAGGCUGUCCGACUUUAUGCUAUGGCAGGUCUCUAACACGGUGCUAUACUUCACAGAAGUAUUGUGGCCAGAAUUCACCAUCUGGAAUCUUCUCGCUGCGAUAAUACAUUUCCAACGACAUGCACUUCCUUUGAAACUGGAAGAAACCUUCAGUGAAACCCAAAAGAACUUCUUAGACAAAUUAGAAAUUAGCAGACUACAACAACUCGAAAAAAUGACCUUGGGGUGACCGUGAAUUGUAGAUUUUAAGCACGAAAAUGUUUAUG